GGAAAGCCCGGGUGGGUGGUGGUAGUUUCUGUUUGAGCGCGGAGAGCCUCCGGUGCCUUUUCCUCCCGAGACUGAUGCAAGAAUGCAAUUCUCCGGAGACCGAGAAUCUGCUUCAUAUUUCUCCCUGCGGCAGGAUUAGAGGGGAGGGAGAGAAAAGCUGCAUUCCCUUUGACCCGUCCGCAGCUAACAUUCCCAAACUGCCGUGUGCAAAAUUAUUGCAACGUGAAAUGAAGGGGGGGGGGAAGGGGGUGGAAUCUGCCCAAAAGCGCUUGAUUGCAAGGCUUGCAGGACGGAUCGGAGCGAGGCAGCUCCUCGGUUCCUGCAAAGAAGAGAGGAGCGCGCGAGAGAAGGGAAACUUGUGAAAGCGAGGAAUAAAACGCGUUUGCGCGCUGCCAGUUGCGAAAGAGCUCAAGGGCAGGAGGUGAACAGGGAUGCAGCGAGCCAGAAGUUUUAAUUAAAGCGGGGCAGAAGGGUGAUGAUGAGGUGUCUUCGAAUGGGGAAGGGACCCCGAGGGUCAUCCAGCCCAACCCCCUGCAAUGCAGGUUAGUGGCGAGAUGGAAGAAAGCAGCCUGGGCACCAUGCAGCAGAGAGCGACGGAGCUGGAGCACAUGGCCGAGGUCCUGCUUACUGGGGAGCAGUUACGGCUCAGACUGCACGAAGAAAAGAUAAUUAAAGAUCGGAGACAUCACCUGAAGACGUAUCCAAACUGCUUCGUUGCCAAAGAACUGAUUGACUGGCUGAUUGAUCACAAGGAGGCCUCUGACAGGGAGACUGCAAUUAAACUGGUGCAAAAAUUACUGGAUCGUAGCAUCAUUCACCAUGUUUGCGAUGAGCAUAAGGAAUUCAAGGACCUCAAACUUUUCUACCGCUUUAGGAAAGAUGAUGGAACGUUCCCACUUGACAACGAAGUGAAGGCAUUCAUGAGGGGACAGAGGCUCUAUGAAAAGCUGAUGAAUACCGAAAAUGCACUUUUACAAGCCAGGGAAGAGGAAGGGAUAAAAUAUGAACGCACUUUCAUGGCAUCUCAGCUGAUUGACUGGUUGAUCCAGGAAGGAGAGGCCACCACAAGGCCUGACGCUGAACAACUUGGUCGCAGGCUGCUGGAGCACGGAAUUAUACAGCAUGUGUGCAACAAACACCAUUUUAUAGACAGCAAUCUGCUGUUCCAGUUCCGAAUGAAUUUCCGCCGGAGGAGGAGAUUGAUGGAGCUGCUCGCUGAGAAGUCCCGCUUGAUGCCGGAGAGUCAUGACAGUCCUUUUUGUCUACGAAAGCAGAACCAUGACAAUAAAAGGCACACCAGUUUCCUCUCAGUGAGCCCCACCAAAGAGAUAAAGAUUGUCUCAGCAGUGAGACGGAGCAGUAUGAGUAGCUGUGGCAGCAGUGGGUACUUCAGCAGCAGCCCAACGCUCAGCGGCAGUCCUCCCGUUCUGUGCAACCCCAAAUCUGUACUGAAGAGACCAGUGACUCCUGAUGAACUUCUGAUGCCUGGGGCACCAUAUGCCAGGAGAACCUUCACAAUUGUAGGCGAUGCCGUCGGGUGGGGAUUUGUGGUGCGUGGGAACAAGCCUUGCCACGUUCAAGCUGUGGAUCCCAGCGGCCCAGCAGCUGCAGCGGGAAUGAAGGUCUGCCAGUUUGUGGUUUCGGUGAAUGGGCUGAACGUCCUCCAUGCAGACUACAGGGCAGUGAGCAACCUCAUCCUGACUGGUCCUCGAACCAUCGUCAUGGAAGUGAUGGAGGAGAUAGAGCCUUGAGGAAGACACUUUGUACACUGCUCCUACGACGUGCUGCUGCGCAGUUAUGCAAGGAGAAGAGGACAUAUACCUUGUCUAAGACAAUUAUCCUGCCUUCGAAGUACUUUCCUCCCUCCCCUUCACCCCCCAGUUUACCAAUAAUAAAUACUUGGGUGGAUACGCUCUUCAGCCAAUGUUCGUACCCAUGGUACUGAAGUGCAGACUCACCUGCGCUAUGCUAUGGGCCAACUGCAUAUCAGGGAUGUAGGCAGCUCAGGUGGCCUGCAUCACAGAUGGCUGUGGUACCAACAGAAGGGCCAGAAUCAUGUCAGGAAUCGCAUCCUUGCAAGUUUCCCCAGUGCUAUGCCGCUCCUCUUUUACAUACUUCACAAUUUUAUUUCUGUGACGGAGUAGCCGCUGAGAGCAUCUGAAGGACUUUCACCCUGGGAAUUGGCAGCAUCGUAUAUUUUCAUUUGCACUUGUUAUCGGAACUGUAAUGUGCCAGUUGAAAGCAUUGCCAGGUGGUGUGUGUGCAUUGCUUCAGGACGCUGUAGCAGAACAUCAAAUUCUAAUAAAUUAAAAGGAGAUGUGGGAUACAGCAAAUGUGGCCUAAUUUGGGUACACCCCGUGCAUUUUUUCUGGCACUGUUAAGUCUUAAGUUGCAGAAUCAUUGAGUUUGAAGGGACCCGAGGGUCAUCUAGUCCAACCCCCUGCAACGCAGGAAUCGUUUGCCCAAUGUGAACCCACGUCCCUGCAGCCAAGAGUCCCAUGCUCUAUCCACUGACCAUUGUUCAGUGACUGAGCACAUGUUUGCAUGUAGAAGGUCCCAGACUCAACUCUUGGCAGCUACAGCCAAGAAAGUAGCGAUGAGAAAAGCUUCUGGCAGAGACCCUGGAGAUCCACUGCGAGGAUCUGGGUUUGCAUCUCUCCUCAAGCUUCCUGGGCAAGUCACUAUCUCUCACCCUAGCCCAUGUCAGAGCGUCACUGUGUGGAUAAAAUGGGAUAACCCCCUUGCAUGUUACCCCGAGCUCCGGAGAAGUGGCAGGAUGUAAAUAUGAGCAAAUAAAAUAUUUCUCAGCCUCAAUGCCGCAUCUUAAAAAUGAGGACAAUAUCGAUCUACCUCCCAGGAAUGUAAAAAUCCUUCAAACUUGUGCAUUAACUGAGCUUUCACAGGCCAUAUAGUUCCUUGAAAAGUGUGGCUUUAAUAGCACAAUGAUAGCUAACAGUAUGAUGCUCAGUGGCUUAAAAGAGCCUAUUACAUAUACAGUUUGGGUGGAAUGACUGGAUCUGCUGAGGCUUUGUUUAGCCUCGUUAUCGAAAUGCUAAAAAUAGAGGAAGCUGCAGCCAUACCUGCAUUAAAAUGUGCUUCUCUCACUGUUGAGUAAUAUGCACUUGCUUUUUUAAAGAGCAGAGCUUUCACUUUUUUGUAAACUCGCAUCAGAAUCAUUGUUUUGAAGAACCAAUGAGCAAACCUACCUUAGAGCCAAUUCUGCAAAAUUUUAAGGGGGUGAGACAACAGGAUUUGGGGGUUGUUGUUUUUUUCAGGGUGUUGAAGGUAGUUUGGAGGGAAAAUGAAUUAUUUCUCAUGAUGCGGACACUCAAUUCACUUCUGCUGCAAUAAGCAGGUUUUUCACAUUAGGUCCAAAUCCAAAGUAUUGUCUAUUUUCAGCAUAAAUUCAGAAUCACAGACCAUGAUGAAGCCCCUAGGAGUUUGAAAUGUCUGAAUCCCCCUUUUAAAACCCAAUUCCCGGUUGAAGCUUUUAGAAAGGUGUGUGUAUGUGUGUGUUUAAAAUUUGGCAGCAUAUCUUCAAUAGCAAAAUUCAAACACUUAAUACUUGUACUUGACCCUUGCAAAUGUGACUUUAGAGAAAUUCACUCCUGUUUGUGCAGGGGAAAUGUUCAUUUGGAUAUAGGGUUGCUUUGAGCUACGGUAAAAUGUGAUAAAUUUCGAAAGGGGGGGGGAAAUAUUUGCGCCAGCUUUGUACUUUCUCGCUCCAAUGAGGAAAGGUGUGCCAUAUUUUUUUUUGAAUGUAUACAUAUUUAUGUUUUCCACAAGACCGUGUAAGCUAUACAUAGCAAAGGUAUUCUGGUACUGUUCGAUUUAUAUCUGUUAGUUGAGUUUUUGAAUAAACCUUUUUAAAUACGU